UAUUAGGUAUUUCUUUAAAAAAUUCUUUUAUUAUAUCCUAUAAUUUUCAAAAUCUGCAUUCCAAAAUUAAAAAGAAAGCUCGUGAAAGAAUGAAAUUCUAUUCGAAUUUAAAAGAAUUUUUCAAAUAUGUAAUAAGCACGAAAAUCGAGCCUUCAAUUGCCGAGGAAAUUCGACUAAAAGAUUCCACUUUCGUGCGAUUUCGUGCUUACGGAAAGAAAUUUCAUCUUCAUCUUAACGAAGACCAUUCUAUACUUUCUCCCAGUACCAAAGUCUUCAUUAAUGGCGCUAAAACCAUUCAAUUAAAGCUAAAAAACAUACCGGGCUCUUCGAUCUACACCGGAAUUGUAAGAGGAGAAAAUCAAUCUUCAAAAGACGUCCUUCCUCCUGGAUGUAGAAUGGUAAAUGGAAGAAGAAUUUGCGAGGAAAGAGUGAUGAAUGAUGUAAUUUCUGUCGAUAAAGUGAAUUUUUCUGAAGGUUUCAACGGUAAAAAGAUUGUAGAAGAUAUUGUGUUUGUAGAAAACCAGUUAACAUGCGAUGUGGAGGUAGUGGCAGAUCAUACUUUUGUGGAAUUCUUUAAAGGUUCUCGGCCACAGAUUAUUGCCGAAAUGCUUUAUUAUAUGAAAGUAUCUGAUAAUAUCUUUAAGAAUACGGAUUUAGAUGAUGAUCUGGUACCAGAAGGAAUAGGAUUUAACGUAGAGAAAAUAACAAUUAUCGAAGAUAAGAAUCGACCCGAUUAUCCUCUUAAUUUUAUCACUUCCGAUAGUACCAAGUACUUGGCCGAGUUUGCCGAAAACUACAGACAGGAUUCUUGCAUAACAUUAGCUUUUUGCCAUAGGGAAUUUGAGGGUGGUGUUAUAGGAAGAGCGUUUUUAAAAGGUUUGUGUCAACAUUCAGUAGAGAGUAAUAUGAGUCCUACUAAUAUGAGGCCUACUAAUGUGGGUAUCGCUACUAAUCGGAGUAGGAAAAAGGCCGUUCCGAGGUCGAUAGUUAGUAUUGCUUUAGCACACGAAAUUGGACAUCUUUUUGGAAUUCCUCACGAUACACCGGGAAAUGCAGUAUGUUCUCCCGGAGAAAGAGAUAUAAUAAAUGGGAAUUACCUUAUGUAUCCUAUACUUGCCAAUGGACAUUCACGUAACAACUGGAUUUUUUCUCCUUGCAGUAAGUCGAAUCUACUUGAAACUAUUUACAGUGAUCAAGCACAUUGUUUGAGGAAGAAAUCAAAAUCGGUGUGUGGAAACGGAAUCACCGAAUUAGGAGAAGAAUGCGAUUGCGGAAGGCGAGAUACCUGUACGGAAACGGACAAAUGCUGUAAUCCUCCAGGAAGCAAGGCAGAAUGCACUCUGAAGAAAUACACGGCAACUUUCUGUAGUCCUCGAGAAGGAGAUUGCUGUAACGAAGAAUGCGAAGUUAUUCCAAAAGAAAAGAAUCAUAAAUGCUUUUCUUAUAUUCCUUGUCAAACACCUAUUUUAACCUGCGAUGGAACGUCUCCAGCUUGUCCUAGAAUCCCUUUAGCGGAUGGCACCACCUGUUUAAAAGCUUCUGGCACUUGUCGACGUGGCGUUUGUAUAAGAAAGGCAUGCAGUGAUAAUGAUUUAGAACAUUGCGAAUGUCCGUCUAAGAACGACGAGUGCCAUAUUUGCUGUUUAGACGAAUCGAGGAACUGUCGAACUACUCAAUCACUCGGACUUUUCCAACGAAAUAGGAGAAUAUAUGUAAAAGCUCCUGGAACUUAUUGUCAUAGUGAUAAAGGAGUGUGCAUAAGCAAUGGAACGUGUAUGCUUCAGAAACGAUAUUGGAGUGGAAGCUGGGAUCAUUGGUUUGAAGUAUUUUGUCCAUUCAUUUUUUUUCUAACUUUGCUUAUUUUAUUCCUGUUUAUAGUAAUUAGAUACCAAUAUCUGACAAAAUUCAUCGUUUGAAAAGUGUAAAGUAGAUUUGUAAAACUGAACGAUUUAUAUCUGAAUCCUUCUACCUUAAAUAUGAGAUUGUAAGAAAAUUUUAAAUAAAAAUAAAUAAUAUCGUUUGCUUUUGUUCGUAUCUGGUGU